UAUGAUGGCUCCAUGGCUAAUUUAAUUUUUCAUAAGCUUCAAAUAUCGGAUUUAUUGUGACCUAAUACAUGAAAGAUUGACUACUUGCCUUUCGAUUUUGGAUUAUUUCAUUUUUAACAUUGGUCAUUUAUUUGUCAGGAGUGUGAAAUUACAACUCGAAUUAUUUUAACUAGAAGUUACGAAUUAUUUUAACUUUUUCUACCUCAUUACCAUUCAAACUCCCUAGAUACUAAAAUAAAAAAGCCUCUUCUUCUGCGUGUGACCCGUGGCAAAAAUCGCUAAAAUCUAUUUUAAUAACUUGAUUAUAAAUUAUAAGGGAACUGAAGUCGCAAAAAAACCGUCUGGUUAAUUCGAUAGGAUACCUUAUAGUUGCAUAUUUCUCUAGGGGGAAGAUUAUUUUUUACUUGGGAGGCGGAACAUCCCAGAAAUUGCUCCAUUUAACAGUCAUCUUAAGUUUCACGUUAUCCGUCAUUCUUAUUUUUCUAGUUACUUAUCUUUAUUUUAUGGUGUUUCUUACAAAAAAUGAAUAAACCUUAAUGGGUUUUUGACAUUUGCUCUCCAAUACGUCAAAAAAGGCUUCGCUUUUGGAUUUUAAAUAGAUUUAUCUCGAAUUGCGUUUUAAUCGCGGUUUAAAGAAAACCUCCCCCCGAAAGUUUGUCCGAAAAAGAAAUAUGAUUUCCUCUGUUACAAAAAGUAUACUUUAAACAUCGUUCAACCUGCUCGAUUAUAAAAACAGUUAUAAAACCCUAGACGGAUAUAAAAACAGUUCCCAUAGAAUACUUCACACUUCCAGAAGAGAAUCGUUUUUAAGAAUAAUUUUUUAGUGUAACUAAGACCAUAAUUAUUUGUUGUUUUCCUGUUAAGUUCAAAUUACUGAUCAAAUUUCUAUAACCUAUCCUAUUUCAUUCCGCUUUGUUCAGACAUUUGAUGCCAAUUUUUUCCGUUUUAGCAACUACAAGUUGUGCCAAAGUGACAGUCAUAUUUACAUAAUAUCAUUCUGUCCGAAGUUAACACCGCUGUACCAAGCAACCUUCCCUGUUUUCCUUGCUACUGGAUUUUAAACCAAAAAAAAACAGUAUUAAUUCUUUUAAAUACAGAAUUUAAAAAUUAUUUUGUUGACUUGUUACUGAAUUUAAAACUACAAAGAGCCACUUAUUCCUUGUCUGGCGUCAAGUUAUUUUUAAAUUUUUUCAACUUAAAAAAAUCAUGUUACCCUCCAGUGGAUAUCAAUAACAAAAAAGCUGAGUGAAAACUGGACAAAAAACGAAAGCAAACAUACAAAAAAGAAAUAUAUUUCUUCUUCUUUAAAUUGCUUUUUUAGAUCUUAAAUUUCAAAUUGCAAAUUUCCAUUUCAAUUAUUGCUUUAUUCCAUUGUGUUUUCCGCCAAUUCUGAAGUACAGUGUUACAAAUAGCAUUUAAAUAUGGCAUAUACUUUGAAUCCGAGCUUCGUAUUAAACAUGACGCCGACGGUGAAUGACUCACAAGACGACUCGUCGGACGAAGACGACAAUAUCCCGAAUAGUUUGCUGCUUCGUAUCCUGGACCCGACAGUGUACUUUCUACUCUGGUUUUCAACUAAUGUCGGCUGUGGCUUGAUCCUCUACCUCUUCUACAAGACUGAGCAGCUGAGAGAAGUGUCGGGCUACUUGAUGGUCACAAUCACAUGUAUCGACAUGUUCAUCGCACAGGUAAUAAUUCUGCCGACUGUGUUCUCGACAGCGUACGGGGAUGUACCUUGGAAGAACACCCCUCUGUGUACAUGUCAGGCGGCCGCCAACAUGUUCCUACCUAAUCUGAAGGCGGCUGUGAUCAUGACUUGUGCAGUAGACAGGACAAUCUCAAUCUCGCUCCCCUUCAAAUAUAUUCGAUAUGCAACCACAAAGGUGUUCUGGGUGGUGUUCGUGUGCAUCUGUCUGCUGAGUCUCACUCUGCCCAUCAUUUUGUUCGGGUUCCUCAGGUGGGAAACUGUGGGUGACCCCAACAGUGGCAUCUGCUGGCCUGUCGCAGACGAAAAGAACAUGAGAGGAAGAGGGCGUGGGGGAAAGGUGUACAAAGUUCUCCCAACAGUCGAAACAAGGGUCAAACGAGGGCCUAAAAAGACAAGGGGCAGAGGUGGUGCCUCGACUGUCUCAGCUGCAGAACAUGCAGGGUGGACGGUGAAACGAGAGAAAAUAUCCUCCAAACCCAGUAAACCUAUCACUAGUUCGAGUAGUUUAGUGCGCAGUGUCCCGUCUCCGAAAGUGGCUUCGUCUGGCGGGGAUAGUCGGGUUACGCCUCCUGGAUCAUCGAGGUCAGGAAUGACGACCCAGUUUCAUUCCACUCUGAGUGGAUCGGACUGGCCUCUGCCUUACUGCGCUCUCUGUGACAAACAAAUCUCAAUGCAGACCAAAUAUAAAAUUCACUUAGAGAGUAAAGAUCACAAAGCUCAGGAUCAGAUCAAACGGGAGAAGGAUAAGAGGAGGAACAGAAUGUAUGCAUGUAGUCUCUGUCCUGAAGAGGGACCCUGGAUCCACAAGAGACAUCUGAGACAGCACAUGCAAACAAAUCAGCACAAAAUGGCCUAA